GAGUGGGGAUGGAAUAACUGAAGUGCUGAUCUGAAUUGUAUGAAAGCAGAUAUAUCAGAUUGCAGCAAUGCUUGGGAAGAGAAAGUCUUGUUAGAUUGUUUUAUUGUAGAAUCAUUGUAUUCAGUUUAGCUGUGCAUGCAGUAGAUUCAAGAAUAAAAAACCCUGCUUUUAGAACAAAAGUAACCUGUAAUGUUAGUUUCAAAUAAGGCCUUUCCCAGUGGUGAAUAUGCCAGGAAUAGUACAGUACCCUUUCUGGAUUGCAGGAGCUUGGCCUACAUAGGCCAAAGAAUGACUGAUCAGUGAGUGAGUUAUUCAUAGAUGGCAUGUGUACAUAACUGGUUAGGUUAGCAUUUAUUGCACAUGUCUAAUUACCCAGAGGGCUGUUAAGAGUCAACUACAUUGUGUGGGUCUAGAGUCACAUGUAGAUCAGACCAUGUAAAGAUGGCAGUUUCCUUCCUUCCAGGACACCAGUGAACUAGAUGGGUUUUUUUGACAAUCAGCACCGUUUUCUUCAUCAUUUGGCUUAUUAAUUCCAGAUUUGUUGCAGAAUUCAAAGUCCUCCAUCUGCUGUAGUAGUUGGGUUUGAACCCAGAUCUCUGGAACAUUACCUGACUUUAUUAUGGUUUACCAGUCUAGCAAUAAUGCCACUAUGCCAUCACCUCAGACACGAAUGCAGAGCCUACAGCCAGACCCUGCUGCCCGGUACAGGAAUGUAAUGGAUGCCUUGAAGAGGAUUGUCCGCACCGAAGGGUUUUGGAGGCCAAUGAGAGGAUUAAAUGUGACUGCCACUGGUGCAGGGCCAGCGCAUGCCCUCUACUUUGCGUGCUAUGAAAAAAUUAAAAAGACACUGAGUGAUACCAUCCAUCCAGGUGGCAAUAGUCACAUAGCUAAUGGUGCAGCAGGAUGUGUGGCGACUUUGUUUCAUGAUGCGGCCAUGAACCCUGCUGAAGUGGUGAAGCAAAGGAUGCAGAUGUACAACUCCCCCUACAAACGAGUCUUAGACUGCAUGAGGACAGUGUGGAAAACUGAAGGGGCUGGAGCAUUCUAUCGGAGCUACACCACCCAACUGACUAUGAACAUCCCCUUCCAAGCUGUUCAUUUCAUGACUUAUGAGUUCCUGCAGGAGAAAUUGAAUCCGCACAGACAAUACAACCCCUCCUCACAUGUGCUCUCUGGGGCAAUGGCGGGGGCUGUCUCAGCAGCGGUAACAACACCACUGGAUGUUUGCAAAACACUACUAAACACGCAGGAAUCCUUGGCUCUUAACUCCCUCAACAUCAGUGGACAUCUUUCUGGCAUGGCAAAUGCCUUCAGGACGGUUUACCGGCUGGGUGGUAUCCCAGCAUAUUUUAAGGGAGUACAGGCCAGAGUUAUCUAUCAGAUGCCAUCCACAGCUAUUGCCUGGUCUGUGUAUGAGUUCUUCAAGUACUUCAUUAGCAAACACCACCGUGAAAGAAGGUCAACUUACUGAAAUUCAAAAAGCCAGCACUGAUGCCAUAGAAACUUACUUGGACUGCAAUACUCAUAUUUCCAUUGUUGCAUCCUUUUUAAUAAAAGAAUCUGGUAGUAGGUCUGAUCCAAGCUGCACUCUUCAGUUGAGUAAAAUAUCACCAUGUCUCCUGACUACAUUAGGUCAAACCAAAGUUUGUGUAUUUACUGUAACAUCUAAAAUGACAGGUAGACUUGGCCGUUGUCGACAAGGAAAACGCACAGGUAUUUGCUGCUGGCACAACAUAGAUGUGUUGGGCACUUUUGAAAGCCUAACCUUUGUUUUAAGAUUUUUCCUUUUGGAUACUUUUUUUCCUCCCCAUUCUCUGCAGUUUGCUGGGCUGGUUUAAAUGUUUUUAAAAAGCACAUACAAGUUUACAUGUUUAGCAAAAGUGUCAGCUGUUGCUCCAAUGUAUGUAUGUGUAACGUAUCAUCAGUAGUUGAGAAUACUUAAACCACUGCCAAGGUAGGCAUCAAAUUGCUUCGCACAGAAGACAAAUACUGUUUGUUUUUAAAACUGUAUUUCACUGCACUCUUUGUACUGCAUCAAGCUUUUUCAUGCCUACAUUUGCAUCAGCAAUGUACUUAAGAACUGAAAUGUAGCCCUUUAUAUUCACUGGAAUAUUAUUCUGGAAUUAUUUUAUCCAGCUAAAUUCUUUGAUGUAGAAAAAAGGGUUUUCACAAGGAAGAUGAUUAAACAAAAAGACAAGAAA